GCCGCACGUACGAUUGGGCGCCUUGUUAUUGUGUGAUAUGACAAGCUGACAAGAGACUGUUCAUGGGAUUUAAUGUUACUCCUGUAAUCUGAUCUGAGGAGGCUUAGUUUGUUGCAUCUGAUCUUUGAUGUACUCCCUUUGAUAUAUUUCCUUUGUCUUUCAUUGUACUGAUAGAAGUAAGAUUGUGUUGACUAAUUGGAAAGCAGCACCAAACGAAACCCCAUUCAGGAUGACGUAGCGUAUGGAAACAGGUUAAAACCAAGAGUUGUGGCCAUCCUAUACCAAGUAUAAUUUUUACUGCUACAUUUUGAGCUACAGGGCUGUCAUCAUGCUGUAUGUAUUUCUCGUGAACACGGGCGAAAUGCUGACAUUAGAUAUGGCUCUUACCAUGGAGAGUGUCCAGCAGCUUCAUGAUGCCCUGUCAGAGGAGUACCAGAUCCCGCAUGAGAAGCAGGUCUUACUGAUCAGUGGAGGGCAGAGUUUAGAUCCUCAGAUGAGGGUCUGUAGCUACAGUGCUGGCACAGAUACCAAUCCUAUCUUCCUGUUCAGUAAAGGAACCAUUGAGUCUGCUAAUCCACCUGUCACUACCAGUGUAUCUCAGGCCAGAGAAGACAACCUCAAACUACAAGUAGAGGGGCUCAAGAACCUACCUCCUAGCUACAGUGCUGUGGUGGCACGCACUCAGCUAGCACUGCAAUUCCAUGAGGUGGCGAAGGAGAAGUUGAGGCUUUGUGAAGGUUUAAUACACAACCAACAUCUACAGCAACAGGGCUGGAUGGCAGUCAUAGCCAACUUGGAUGACAUUACUAGUGCCUUUCAACAGAGAGCACAAGUGUUCCAGCAGAACAUGACAGACUUCCUAUCUGACAGACCAAACUUCCUUCAGCGUCUAGAAGAGUUUGGAGACAUCAUUGAGAUUCUUGAGAAGACGCCCCUUCUACCUUGUCUUAGAGAGGGGGACAGAGAGGGGGACAGAGAGGGGGUCAGAGAGGGGAUCAGAGAGGGGGUCAGAGAGGGGGAGAAGUCUCCGUCUCAUGUGAUGGACAGUGCACAGGACAGAGAGGUUUCACUCAUGAUGUGGAUCAGUAGACAGGAUCAGCGCAGCACUCUACAGCAGAUGGCUGGACAGUGCAGUAAAGUCCUGGAUCAGUUCAAUCAACCAGUCCUAGACAGUCUGGCCACUGAGAUUAAAGGAUGCUUAGAGGCUGUAAGCAACCCUGGAAUGAAGGAAAUCAAAGGUCUGGGAGAGAGACUAUUUGGACUAGAGCAGCUCUUACUACAAGCUCGUAAACUUCUCAAUGAACAAGCUGAAAUGGCUCAGGGACUUGUUCAGAACCAGACUCGAGCUAGUAACGUGAAAGAUCCCUCUGUAUUACCAGACCUGUGCUUGAGUCAUCAACAACAACUCACCGUCAUGUACAAGAAGCAUUUACAACUUACAGAUAUGAGCAGGAGAUGUGAGAUAGCAAAAGAAGAGCUCUGUCAGAAUCUACAUGUUAGAUUAAGAUGGGUGAUGUAUGUCGAGCAGCAGGUUAGCAGUGUGCAUGGUAAGAUGGUAGUAUACCAUGAAAACCUCAAGAGACUCCGCAAACGUCUAGAGAUCAUCCGUCAGGUUUGCAUGACACCCAGGCUCUAUGCGUCUGCAGUGGUAGAGGUCUGCAGGAGACGACAUUACAAUACAAAGUAUCAUGAGUGGUCUGGGAGAGUGAGUCAGACAUCAGUGUGUGAACACGAAGAAGAACUGAAGAGAAGAAAACAGUUUGCUUCCCUCAUGCACAAUCACUUCCUCAAUGCACUCUUCCCUGGAUUCUAUGAACUGCCUCCAACGUUUGCAACCACACCUCCUGGUAACUAUGACAACUCCCUACCCAAUAUCAUGGACAGAGACAUCCUUUUACUCAGGGAAAAGGUGCCUGAACUCGCUGAAAGUCUAGAGCUUCCAUCCGAUGAACACUUCUCCUGUGAUACCUCACAAUGUACCAAGCAGCUGCCACCUCGUCCACUCUCCACAGAGAUUGAAACUAGGACAGAACUCCUGUCUGAGGAGCCUACAGUUCCCUCAGACCCCCUUCAAGGACACUGCGAUCUAGCCUCCAUAGAGAGCCACUCUGACAGCACAAAAACACUCACAGAUGCCUUGGUUGAGGGUGAAAGACCAAUUAUAGGAAGGCAACUCAGCCAGCCCAGAUUACUAUCCCUAGAUAUGCUUCAGACAAAAGACACCCUUCAGUCUCCUGAGACUCCAGAGCUUGAUGCAAAGUUUGAGUCUGUUUAUAGAGAUGCGCCCUUUUCAUCUCUGCUUCCAGAAGUUGAUAGUGAGUUUCACUCAGCGAUCGGUAGUCCUAUGGAUGAGGGUCUGGUGAAGAAGGCUAAGAUGGAUCAGAUCCUGCCUGCUCUAAGACCUAUGGAGGAGAACCAGACCCUGAAAGAACAGCUCCAGGAGAGAGAGAAGAUCUUGGAGGAGCUUGAAGAGCGAAAGAUGGUCCUUGAGAAGAAACUGAGUGAUUCAGAGUGCAUGAUUGGUGACCUGCAGGAGAGCAUUAGCACUCGAUCUGAACGUCUGGAGGAAUCUCAGAACGUGGUGGACUGCCUAAACGAUGUCGUUCAGACACAUGUCACAGAGCUUAGGACAAAGUGUGAAAGUAUCAAAAAGUCUGUUGCAGAGACCAGGCAGCAGAUGAAGACAGAGGUUGUAGAAGCAAUGACUAAAAUCACAGAACAUUCAGCCCAGGUUUGCAAAGAUACAGAGAGAGUGCGUUUAUCCGCUGUUCAGAAAGCUGUUGGACAAGCUCAAGUAGGAUUUGAAAAAGAGAAGGAGAGGUUAGGCAGUCAGAUCUCUGAGCUUCAUGAACAAUUGGAGGUGGCUAAUCAAAGACUACAGGACCUAGAGUGUAAGGUCAGAGAAAAGGAGGAUAGUUCUGAGAUGCUCAAAUCAAAAUACCAGCAAGACUUGGAAGGGGUGAAGACGAAGAUGGAGGUGGAAGAGAAGCAGAUGAUUGCAUCCAUGAAGAUGGAAUUAGAGAUGGAGAUAGCGGAGCUGGAAGCAAACAUACAGGAGAAAGAGAAAGAGAUUAAACAGCUUCAAAUAGAAUCUGCUCAGAAGCAGGAGGAAAUGGCCAAGAAGUUCUGUGAAGAAAAGAUGCAGGAGCUUGAAUGCCUGAAGAAGGAGAUGGAAGCAAAGCACAAGAGUGAAUUAAACAAUCUUGAAAUGGCAUCCCAGAGCAUGCAUGUUGAUGAGUUUACAGACUUUAAGAAAUCCAGCAAAUUGCAGAUGGAGAGUGAGUUAGAAAAACAGAGGAAGCUUUUAGGGGAGGAGCACAGGGAAGUCAUUUGUAGGGUGGAGAAAGAAGCGGAAGAACGGUUUAGGAUAGCUAGGGAAGAGAUGCAUGCUUCUUGGCAGAAGACUGUGGAGGAAGAACAGAAGCAAGGUUUAGCUGUGAUGGAAGAACACCAGAAGAAGAUGGAGGAAAGAACCAGAGAGAUAGGUGAACAGAGGAAGAAUAUUGAGGAAGAGAAGAGGAAAUUGGAAGAGGAAUUGAAGGAAAAGUUCAAAAAAGAGUUGCAAGAGUUGCAGGAAUUGAACAGCAGGGGUAUGGAAGAAGUGAGGAAAGAACAGCAUGAAGAAAAGAUGGAAAGGAGACGAGUGGAAGACGCAGAAGCUGUUGAAAGGAUGAGAAAAGAGCUGGAGGAACAGUUUGAGGCCAGACUUGCUGAAGUGACGUCGUGUAGGGACAAACAUGAAGCUGAGUCAAGGAACCUUCAAGAUGCUCUGUCACAACUCCAGACUGAGAUGGGUCAGAAGGAGGAGGAGCUUAAUGCCAAGUGGGCGGAGUCCAUCGCCACGGAGAAGAAGAGCUUGGUGCUAGCUGCUUUGGAAGAGCAGAGGCAGGAGGAAGAGAAGAGGUUGAGAGCAUUGAGGCAGAGACUGGAGGAGGAGAAGCAGGAAGGCAUCAAGAUCGCCGUGGAGAUGGCCAAGUUUGAGCAAAGCCAAACUGAUACACAACAGGCUGCAUCCAUUUCAUCCACGGAGGGAAUGACAGAGAGUACAUCCUCAGCGCCCCCGUCCAGCAUCUCAGCAAGCCAACAACAAGUGUCAUUCAACAAGGCAAUUGCAAAGGUGUCUGCAACAAAGGAUAAACGCAUUGCAGAGCUGGAGGCAAGAGAGAAGGAAUUGGUAAAGGAGCAGCAUAGAUAUAAAGACACUAUUGAAAAGCUGCUGAUGGACAAGACAGACCUUGAUGUAGAACUCCAAGCUGCUCUAGCCAAGGCACAAGAAGGAGAAUGGCAAGCAAUCAGGGAGAAAGAAAGAUUGGAAGAACAGUUAAGGGCUGGAGGGAACGAAGAAGACAGAGGUAGCCCUGCUGAACUGGUUGUGUCUACACAAAGUGAUGGAUUGAUGGAGGUGACAGAGACCAGAGACCAACUCAAAGCUCUCCUACACACCAAAGAACAAGAAUGCCACACCCUCAAAAGACAACUGAUGCAUAUUAGGACGUCCUCACCUGGUGGUAGGAUGGAGAAAGUUGCAAUCUCUGACAUCAGCUUAGGAGAUUUGGUUUUCAUCUUCUUUCAAGAAGGACAAGAGAACUUCAUGGUAUACAGUCUAGAACCAACCCUCUAUUUCUUACACACUGAAUCACUUAGUGCUCUAGGCCUCAGGGCUACAGGACAGGCUGCAUCCAAGUUCAGUUGGAUCAUAGCUCGCAUUACUGAUAAGGAGUACUGCCAGGCCAAGAAGGCGCAGAAUAGAUUCAAGGUCCAAGUGGGUACAAAGUUCUACCGAGUCAAGGCAAUACGCUAUGAUCCAAAAGUUGAGCACAUCCUCCGCAAGUGAGUUCAUUACCUUGUCAAGACAAUACGCUAUGAUCCAAAAGUUGAGCACAUCCUCCGCAAGUGAGUUCAUUACCUUGUCAAGACAAUACGCUAUGAUCCAAAAGUUGAGCACGUCCUCCGCAAGUGAGUUCAUUACCUUGUCAAGACAAUACGCUAUGAUCCAAAAGUUGAGCACGUCCUCCGCAAGUGAGUUCAUUACCUUGUCAAGACAAUACGCCAUGAUCCAAAAGUUGAGCACGUCCUCCGCAAGUCAGUUCAUUACCGUGUCAAGGCAAUACGCUAUGAUCCAAAAGUUGAGCACGUCCUCCGCAAGUGAGUUCAUUACCUUGUCAAGACAAUACGCAAUGAUCCAAAAGUUGAGCACGUCCUCCGCAAGUGAGUUCAUUACCGUGUCAAGGCAAUACGCUAUGAUCCAAAAGUUGAGCACGUCCUCCGCAA